UCCAGCAUCAUCUGUGCAGCGUUACUGCAGAGCAGGACGCAUCUUCAGCUGUGGACACAGCCGAGCAGCAUACACCAGGGUUUUCUCUUCUGUUGGCGGAACCGAAGCAAAGCUGGAGCCGGCGGUCCACUAUCCGACACCGGAGCAGCAGCAGCUCCAGUGGAGCGGCACAGAGCGGCAGCCCCCGCCCUGGACCGACGAACUGGCUGAGAUGUCCCGGCACAUCUAUACCCGACACGGGAUAGGAGAGGGACUGCAGAAGCCUGUGUUUCAGGCUAACAGAGGGACUUACUCCAGACGCAGCCGACUGAAGAGGUCAGACGGCAGCACUACCUCCACCAGCUUCAUCCUCCGACAGGGUUCAGCUGAUUCCUACACAAGCCGACCGUCUGACUCGGAUGUGUCCCUGGAGGAGGAGAAGGAGGGUGGGCGGCAGGAGAGGGAGCAGCAGGCCACUGUCCAGCUCGAGAGGGCAAAGACUAAAGCGGUGGCAUUUGCUGUGAGGACCAAUGUCAGCUAUUGCGGUGCCCUGGAUGAGGAUGUUCCUGUGGCCGGCACUGCCGUCUCCUUUGAUGCCAAGGACUUCCUCCACAUCAAAGAGAAGUACAACAAUGACUGGUGGAUCGGCCGUCUGGUGAAAGAAGGCUGUGACAUAGGCUUCAUCCCGAGCCCUCUGAAGCUGGAAAACAUCCGACUCCAGCAGGAACAGAAGAGAGGACGUUUCCAUGGCAGUAAGUCCAGUGGGAAUUCCUCCUCCAGUCUGGGUGAAAUGGUGUCAGGCACAUUCAAGCCAAACCCCAACUCUGCAGGAAAGCAGAAACAGAAAGUGGCUGAGCACGUCCCUCCAUAUGACGUGGUUCCCUCCAUGAGGCCGGUCGUCCUGGUGGGACCGUCCCUGAAAGGUUACGAGGUGACAGAUAUGAUGCAGAAGGCACUGUUUGACUUCCUGAAGCACAGGUUUGAUGGGAGGAUAUCCAUCACAAGGGUAACAGCUGACAUAUCGUUGGCCAAGAGGUCAGUACUAAACAACCCCAGUAAGAGGGCCAUCAUUGAGAGGUCCAACACCCGCUCCAGCCUUGCGGAAGUCCAGAGUGAAAUAGAAAGGAUCUUUGAGCUGGCCAGGUCUCUGCAGCUGGUGGUGCUGGAUGCUGACACUAUUAACCAUCCAGCACAGCUCAUUAAGACCUCAUUAGCACCCAUCAUCGUCCAUGUUAAAGUGUCCUCACCUAAGGUCCUCCAGCGACUGAUCAAAUCAAGAGGGAAAUCUCAAAGUAAACAUUUAAAUGUGCAGCUUGUGGCAGCGGAAAAACUAUCACAGUGUCCUUCUGAGAUGUUUGAUAUUAUUCUGGAUGAGAACCAGCUGGAAGAUGCGUGUGAACACCUGGCAGAGUACCUGGAGGCAUAUUGGCGUGCUACACACACUUCACUUAGCACGCCACUCAACCCUCUGCUGGGACGCAAUCUGGGCUCCACUGCUCUCUCCCCGUAUCCUGCUGCCAUUCAGGCCCAAAGAAACCGGAACAGCAACCACACGACAACAGACCAUUCACCCGUUGAACGCCGCAGCCUUAUGCCUGCCGAUGAGAACUACCAUAAUGAACGGGCGCGGAAGAAUCGCAACCGGCUGUCCUCGGGCUCACAGCACAGCCGGGACCACUCGCCUCUGGUGGAGGAGGACUACCAGGACCCCUACCAGGACUCUUACAAGCCUCAUCGUAACCGAGGAUCCCCAGGAGGCUACAGCCAGGAAUCCAGGCACCGGCUCUGAGCUGUGGCCUGCUGUAAACAAAGUGUAGGCCUAUCUCUAGCCUGUUUCUCUAAACAACCACCAUGGAUGUAAGCGUUGAGGCAACUUUGCUGUAACAUGAUGAAACUACUACACUCACUUGGACUGUAACAAUCUCUUAUCAAUGUGUAGUACCUCACUUUCCAAAGUUGCCAAAUGGGCAAUUUUACCUAAAAAAAAUUAAGAAUCCUGCUCUUGCUUUGAUGUGAACUAAGGAAGAGACUGGAUGUGAACGUAGCACAAGAGCAAGAUUAUGUUUUAAAAGGAAGACUAAAGCUGAACCUCACUUGAAUAUGCUCCAGAUGUGACUUGUGAGUAAAGUACACUAGCAGGUGUUAGUGUGCGAUGUAGGCUCUUCUGGACCCUUCCCGCCAUCUCAGCUGUUACUGUAGCAUGCAGGUGGAACCUUAAUUACAGGUCGCUACCUGCCUUAAGCAAGUGCCAGGCAGCAAGAGCAUCCAGUGGUGAUGAUCAGCACAGAACUUGUUUGCACGUGUCCAGGAGCUGGUAGAAGCAGAGCGGAAUGCAUCUUCAAUGCUCCUCAAGUUUGUUUGCCACUGUCUUCGAUGUGAGUGUAAUAAAUCCUGUGGAAGCUUGUUCCUAAAUCCAGAGUUUUACACAUUUGUUGAAGUAACAUAGAUGGUGUUGUGGUGUUCUGUUCAGGGUUCAUAGCUCCCUGUACCCCCUCCUUUGUUUUCAUUCAAUGCCAUUUAUGUCAUUAAUCAUAUCAGGACAGACAUACAACAUCAGACACUUUUCAAAGCUCUAAACCUCAGGAAUGAGAGGUCAUUCAGACCUAGAAGUGUGCUGACAGAUGUAGCAUUUACAGUAUGCUCUUAACCAUCUGACGAAUAUUACAUUUUGAGGUUUGUUGGUCUUGUUCAGUUGUUAAAGGAUAUAUUAUUAUUAUUACUUAGUUGUUAAAAGCUAUUAAUAUAAUAUAAUGUAAUAAGGAAGGAGAACUCACUGCAGAGUCAAAGUCCCUAGAAUGGUCAUACCAGCAUGUUUUUCAUAUGCCAUGCAUUUAUAAACUGAGCUUAUAUCAUUUUAUUAUUUGGAAAUGAUAGAGUGGGAUUUUAGUGAGUGACUAACUGUAUAUUGAGGACAUCUAUAUGUAAAUAAAGUCAAAAUAACUAAAGGAAAGAAACAUUAGCAAGAAUAUUUGCAUUUUCUGAAGAAAAUAUGUGUGAGAACUGGAAGCUGUUAGCUGCCGCUGCCACUGCUCCAAGCCGCUGCUGCUGUCAGCUACUGCUGCCGCUGCAAGCCACUGCUCCAGCAAUUUUUACUUUUAGCACCACCUACAGGUGAAAUAGUAUCAAAUGCUACAGAGUUCUUCAGCAUCCCCAUCUAUACAACUUUGCUGAAUUUGGUUACCAUGGAAUAUUACAUUAAAGGUAUAUGGCAGUUAAUAAGUAGUAUAGUGGUGUUUUACUUAUGGCCACAAGGUGGGGCUAUUAGUGCCAUGCUUCAAUAUGUCGUGCACAUUCUUAUGGAGAACUUGUGUACCAAGUUUAAUUUUACUAAAGACAACAGAAUUGUGGAAAUAUCAUGUUAUAAUGUUACAUUAGCACCCCCUGUGGGUAGAAUUGUAUGAAAUUGUACAGACUUGUGCACUGUCGCUGUAUACAACAUUCCCAAAUUUGGCUGCAAUCAAAUUUAGCGAUGAAGAGUUACGACUGUUAGGUGCAUCAGGCCACGCCUUCAAAAUGUUAGUAACCAAUUACAGACAAACAGUAAGUUAUACCCAAAAACAAACUCAUAAGUUUGAUUUGGGGUCAUCUAAAUAUAUUAUCUACAAAGUGUGGUGAAGAUUAGAUGAAAUAUGUGCCAACAGAAGCAAAAAAUCCAAAAUGGCGGAAGAAUUUUACAGGCGCAAAUGGGCAUGGCCUAUAUCAGUUGAAUUGGCUUCAUCCAAGAAACACACUGUGCAAAUACUAUUUUGCUACACCUCAUGGUUCAUGAGUUAUUAGCCAAAACGUAAAACACGUAAUAACUGACCACAUGGUGACGCUAUUGGUCCUAUGUUUUAAUAUGGGACACCUGUCCAUGAAGUAUGAACACUUUAGCACUUUUAGUUGUUGAGAUAUUGAUGACUAUAGGUACACUCCCAUAGACUGCCAUUAUAAAUUAUAAUAUAUAUCUUAAAAAGUAUACAAGUUACAAAAAAUCUGAAUGAUAGCAGUAUUGUACUUAAAGAGCUGAACAUUUUGAUGUUUGAAUGGUUUCUGUAGUUGAAAGUAUGCAGAAGUAAUUGAUCGAAAAAUGUACAGAAGAAAAACGAGAGAAAGAGCGAAGAUAACAAUAGUGUGAGAGCUUCCAGCCUUCACACUAAUUCACUGAAGGUUUCAGUGAAGUACAUUUAAUGGCAUUCAAUUCUCCUUUCAAAGCCCUCCAUACACUUCCUUGAUCAAAAAAGGUAACUUUCCUCCAUCUCACUUUAAUUAUGUGAAAGGUUUUUAAUGAUUGGGCCUCGUCAUUGGAGCUUGUCAUUUUUCCUUAGUAACAACUGAAUAGGCCCCCUCUUCCAUAUUUUCAUCUAUAAUUUUUUUCUUACAUUCAUUUUGAGUUUCAUUGAAGACUCCUGAGAAACUAUCUGAGAGCACUUGGGCAGGACUGCACUGUAUUUGUGUCUGUUACAUGCUACUUUAAUCAGAUUAAUUCACUUGUAUGCUGCCAGCUAAUGCAGGAAAAAUAUAUCAUUACCUUUUAAUGACAAACCCUUGUAUCUUGUAAUUUAAUAUAUGUUACAUAUCUCAAGUUCAGUGUCAUUUGACUUCAGUCAAUCGGCCAGAGAUGUCACUGUGUUUCAGUGAUUCAGGAAAAGGAAGAUGGACAUGGAGACUUCUGUUCUUAUCUGCCAUAUACAGUAGCUUUUAUUGUUGUUGGUUCAAAACUCUGGAGCAUAAGCAACAAUUUAAAAGAUUUGAAUACUGCCUGUGAGAGAAUGAUGCAUUGAUUAGAAGUUUGUGUGCACUGUCAUUUUACAAUUGUAAUGAAAUAAACUGCCCUAAUUCUGUUGUAUGGA